AUGAGCUUUGAAACCACAGCAAUCACUUUCUUCAUCCUCCUUCUAAUUUGCUUCGUUUGCAUCUUCUUUUUAUUGGUGGUUUUUUUAUAUAAAUGUUCCCAAAGCAAAGUUGAAGAGACAGAAAAAGUUCCUUGUACAGAUGGUAAUGGAGGUGAAGAAUGUGUAGCUGCUGCUAAUGUGGAGACAAACAAUACAGGAGACCAAGAAAAGACUCUCGUAACACAAAUCAUCGACUUGAAUGCACCCACGAGGCCUGGCAUUCUUGUCCAGAGACGGAGUAAAGACGUGGCGGACACACCCUUAGAAAACAAAGAGGAGAUGGAAGACGAAGACAAAAUGAAAGAGAUGCAAAAGCCUAAGAAUGAUGACGAUAUCCAAAAACCACCCAUACCUCUCACUAAAACUCAUUCAGUUGUUGAAAACCAGAAAAGACCUUUAAAAGGAGUGACAUUUUCUAGGGAGGUAAUUGUUGUGGACCUUGGAAAGGAAUACCCAGCACCUCGAAGCUAUACUCGACAACAUAAAGAGAGAAAAUGA